AUGGACCCGCUAUCAAUUACAACCGCCUGCCUCGGUGCCAUUGGCACGAUCUCCAAGGUUUCGCUCGAGAUCCCCUUGUUUAUCUCCAGCGUGCGUGAGGCGCGAAAGGACAUGGAAGCGGUCCUGCGAGAAUUGACUUCAUUGACGCUGUGUCUCGGCGCCCUUCGAGACGAUGCGCAAAAAGUGACUUUCCCAACCACUUUGCUCGCUGUUGUUCAAAGUUGUGAUCAAAUUGCCGCCCAGAUCAUGAGUCUUCUGGACAAGCUGAAACUGAAAAAGAGGGGUAAGAUUUGUUGGACGUUGGUGGAGCGGGAAGAGGUCAAUAAGCUACGAUCUUCUCUGGAGAGCCAUAAGUCGUGCAUUGACGUGGCCUUGGAUUUGGCAUCUAUCCAACUUCUUGCUGCAGUGAGGGAGGACACAAACGAAAUCAAGGAUACGACCAUAGCCAUAAAGGCCGACACAGAAGACAUUAAGCAGGACACCCAGCAGAUUAACAGCUUAGUCCAGGAGAUUGCAUUCCUUCGACUCCAGGUAUCACAACUGAAGCGGGAUAGUGGUACUGCGGGCAUCACACUCCAAAGGUUCCUGGACGAAACAAGCUCUUAUGCGGAGUCAGCUGUGGACGCAACAGAUCUCGGAGAACUCGAUCCCGACGAGAUGAGAAGUCUAUCUGCGAUUAGCGAAGAGGACAGCGACGUUGAGCAAACAGAGGAGUCGCGCAGACCCAUACAGUUGUCUCUAGAGGCUCCUGAAAUCGAUAUUAAAUACUGUCUAGACUUCAAACCUAGACUGUACGAUCAACUUUCAGAGCCAGAUGAAAUAGCAUGGACAGACCUGCAGCCGAACCUACCUUGGGUGAAAAAUGCCAGCACGGCGGCCUAA